AUGCCGAAUAGAGAGUUUGUGAAAACAAAUCUUAUAUCACUUUCGGGUAAUGACAGUCAUCAUUAUAUUAACAAGGAUUCUACUACAGUUACGGAGAUAAAAGGUGAGAUUUCAUCAUGCCAUCAUACAUUGCAAAAGUCUUCUCCUUUAAAGUUAGGCUCUACUACUAUUAGUACUACUACUACUACUACUACUACUACUACUACUAAUAAUAAUAAUAAUAAUAAUAAUAAUAAUAAUAAUAAUAAUAAUAAUAAUAAUAAUAAUAAUAAUAGUGAAGAGAUGCGUUUAGAUAUGGAUUAUCAAUCUCUGAGAGAUUUACAAGAGACUACAAAGAAACCCUUGUUAAGAUUGCCUGUGAUGAGGAAUCUAUCGAGUAAAGGAGGGAUUAUUUCCUCUGACGGUGUAUCUUGUGAAUCUAAAGAAGUUAUUCUCGCAUUCAUCUUAUCAUUAAAUCUUUGGUGGUGGCCAAAUAGAAAAGAAGAAGAAGAAAAAGAAAAAGAAGAUAGUAAUUUACUGCAUAUGAGUCUAUCAAAAGCAAAAAUGGAGUUAAUACGUUUAUAUACCUCUUAUGAUCCUAAACGGGCUACACACAUGAAAAACUCCUCUUUAUCCUCAUAUGUAGAUACAGAGAAAAGGAUAGAAGGAAUGAAUGCAAUUCCUGCAGAUGUGAAGAAAAGGAUAAAUCAUAAAAAGUAUACAUCUACAGAUAUAGAAGAGGAGGAGGAGAUGAUGAUGGAUGAAGAGUAUAAAGAAGUAAUUCUUCCAGUAGAGGCGGAUUGGAAUGAAGCUAUUCGACGUGGUAUUCCACCUAUUCUUAUUCUACGAUUUACACUUUGGGUUUAUAUAGCUUGGUAUUAUCAUUAUAAUGGAGAGUCUAUGAAAAUAACAUCCAUAAAGACUAAAGAGAAUAAAAAUAAAGUGUGGGAUGCUUCUAAACCUUCUCUAUUAGAAUUAUCUUUUCAUUCUACUGAGGCAUUGAAAGAUAAUAAUGAGGUUGAAGAGAAAGAAAUAAACAACCGUGUAGGUUUACAAAAUAAAUUCAUAACACUUUUUUUAUUACCACCAUCAGAGUGUAUGUUAGGGUUUUCUGUAGAUUGUAAGGAGUGGCUUGAGGUUCUUGCUGUUUUUACACCUACAGAGUGUACAAGACUACUUCUACAAUAUGUGAAAAGACAUUAUAUACAGAAGACUAUUAAUCAUUGUAGUAGAGAUAGUAAUAGUGAUAAUAGUGAUAAUGAUAAUAGUGAUAAUAAUAGUAAUAGUGACUUAAUGUCUUUCUUAACAUGGCGGCGAUGUGUGGAUUCAAUUCCUACUGAUCCUACGACUGGAAUGAAUAUACAUAUUGAUUCUUCUUCAAAUAUUACUAUUGAUACUACUACUAUCACUAAUAAUAAUAAUAAUAAUAAUAAUAAUAAUAAUAAUAAUAAUAAUAAUAAUAAUAAUAAUAAUGCCCAUGUUAAUGCUGUUACGGCGGCAUUGAUAGCGUUAGAUAUACCAGGAAUGAAUAGUGCACGAUAUUCGGGUGUUAAUCCACACUCACUUUUUCGCCCACCGACAACAUCUAAUCAAAUAUUUCUCUUUCAUGGGGAAUAUUAUCUACUUGAUCAUUCACAGUGGAUAGCAUAUAGUAUACAUGAAAAGGAAUUCUCUGUGAAGAACCAACAGUUACAAAAUCAAGUAGAAUCAAAUAAUAAUGAUAAUAAUAAUGAUAUUGAUAAUGAUAUUGAUAAUGAUAUUGAUAGUGAUAAUGAUAGUGAUGAUAAUGAGAUGGAUGCCAUUGUUGAUUACGCAGAGGCGUUGUUGCUUCCUAGUGUGAACAAACACUCUAUCAACUCUAGAGAAGUAGUCUCACACUUUAUUCAAAAUACAGAGAAGAAGUUAAUGAUGGAAAAUAUCAUUACAUUUCAUGAGACUCCAAUGUUAACUACAUCUACAGUAACUACAGCAACAACAUCAACAACAACAACUAAUAAUAAUAAUAAUAAUAAUAAUAAUAAUAAUAAUAAUAAUAAUAAUAAUAGCCAUACUACUACUACUACUGCGGGUAUUACAGAGAUGAUGUUAAUUCCUGUUUGCGGUGGAGCUUUUUGUUUACCGCGUUCUCUCAUUUCACAUGAGAGGGUCUCUCAUGUACUGGACUAUUGGGGAUUUAGUCCAGUAGAGAAUGAGAAUGAAUACAUGAGUACUAAUAGUAAUAGUAGAAAGAGCCAUGAAAAAGAAAGGAUUAACCCUAAUAAUAAUAAUAAUAAUAAUAAUAAUAAUAAUAAUAAUAAUAAUAAUAAUAAUAAUAAUAAUAAUAAUGAGGAUAAACUGAAUAACAGGGAUUUGUAUGCGACGGUGUCUGGGUGUUUAUCAUCAGAGACUUUUAUGGAAAGACUUUGUCGUGAUGUUCUUUUCAGUCGAGAUACUAUUACUACUACUACUAAUACGAGUGAUAAGGUACCUUUUCCUUCUUUACAUAAUUGGUGGCCUAUUGAUUUAUCUGAAAAGGAAAGGAAUGAGAAAAUUAAUACUGGGAAUAGUAGAUACAAGAAAGAUAUGAGAAGACCUGAUAACUACUAUAAUCAUAGAAAUGAUAGCAAUAGUAUCAAUCGAAAUGAUGUUUUCAGUAAUGCUGAUAAUAAUAAUAGUAGUAAUAAUAAUAAUGGAAAGAAUGAAAGUUAUUGUAAUGACUAUAAUGAUGAUGAAAACGAUUCUAAUCUAUCUGAUGAGGAAGGAAAUGGAAUGUGGGAUCUUCAUUUACAUCAGAAUCAUACAUCAUCAUUAAACCCACAACAGAUAUCGGGCCCCAUACUUUCUCUAUUUAAAUAG